AAUAAAGAUGAUCAAAGUUUUGUUUUUUUUUGGAGUCACACUCUGUGGUGUUUUGGCAGACGGCAACGAAAUCGUUUGCCCUGCUGUUGAUCCUCCAACCCCGGUGUAUUUUCCGCACGAAAGCGACUGUAGCAAAUUUUACGAAUGUCACGAUGGUACUCCCCAUCUUUUGGAAUGUCCAGAAGGGCUGGACUUUAACCCUGAGCUAAACGUAUGCGAUUAUCCCGAACAAGCGGGUUGUAGGGGAAAAACAACUUCAGAAAUUUCAAGUUCUGCCAGCCCUACAACUUCCACCAGUCAUUCCGAUUCAACUAGUAGUACUAGUGCUAAACCAUCAACUCCAACACCAAAACCAACUACCGAAAGUACUUCAAACCCAACAAGUCACUCAAAGUCUACAAGCACAAGCUCGCGACCAACUCAUCCAACAAAAUCAACUCACCCAACCAAACAUCCAACCCAUUCUACCAGCACAAGACCGACUCACUCGACCACCGAAAAGCCCACAAGUACCUGGAAACCUACGAGUAGUACCCACAAAACUACAACUGAUGACAAUUCGUCAAGUGAUUCGGAUUCCGACUCAAGUGAUUCAGAUGAUUCGAGCAAAUCUGAUGAUGAUUCUGACAGUUCUGAUUCAAAAUCUGAUCACCAUCACCAUCAUGAUUCGAACAAAUCUGAUGAUUCUGAUAGUUCUGAUUCGAAAUCUAACCACCAUCACGAGCACCACAACCAUCAUCACAACCAUCACCACGACCACAAUCAUCACAACCAUCAUGGUUCCGAUCACCACCACCAGCACCACCAUAAUUCGGAUCAAUCUGAUGAUGACCUGACGGAAUCUGGUGAUUCCAAAUUGGACAAAAAUAUCCUUUACGACAUACUCUUUGGAGGAAUUGAUGGUCUGGCAGGAGAGGAAUGCACUUCUGAUGCUAUUUCUUCAGUGAAAGCGCACCCUUACGACUGCACUAAAUAUUUGAAUUGCUACAAUGGGGCGUAUUUGGUGAAAACGUGCCCAGAAAAAUACAUGUUUCAUUCAAUUGUACGCAUUUGUGUUCCUCCCAGCUAUGCCAGUUGUAAUAAAUAA